UGUGCGACGAGCGGGGGCUUGGCGCCGCUGCUGGGCCCGGUCCCCACCCCCUCCUCGGCGCUAUGAGUGACGGGUUCCGGAAGGCGGAGUCGGGCACGCAGCUACUUGCACGACUUGAGGGCAGAAGUUCUCUGAAAAAUCUUGAACCUUGUCUAUUUGCAGAUGAAGGAUUUCCCAUUCACGGAGAUGUCAUUGAAUUCCAUGGUCCAGAAGGAACAGGAAAAACAGAAAUGCUUUAUCACCUGGUAGCACGCUGUGUCCUUCCAAAAUCAGGAGGAGGACUGGAAGUAGAAGUUAUGUUCAUUGACACAGACUACCAUUUUGAUAUGCUCCGCCUAGUUACCAUUCUUGAACACAGACUGUCCCAAAGCAAAGAAGAAAUGAUCAAACAGUGCCUUGGAAGGCUUUUCCUUGUUAACUGCAACAGCAGCACUCAGUUGCUUCUCACACUUUACUCUCUAGAAAACAAGUUUUGCACUCACCCUUCUCUCUGUAUUAUGAUUUUAGAUAGCAUAUCAGCUUUUUAUUGGAUAGAUAGAAGCAAUGGAGGGGAGAGCAUUAACAUUCAAGAGAUGAAUCUGAAGAGAUGCAGUGAAUUUCUUGAGAAGCUAGUACGAGAGUAUCAUUUGGCCCUGUUUGCAACCACACAAACAAUUAUGCAGAAAUCUUCAAACUCCACAGAGAGCUCUAUUCCUUUAAAACUUCACUGUGAAGCUGAUAUAGACUAUAGGCCUUAUCUUUGUAAAUCAUGGCAACAAAUGGUAACCCACCGAAUAUUUUUCUCUAAGCAAUGUAAUUCUAGCAGUAGCAAACCUUUUUCAAUUGUUUCUUGUCACACCAAAAAAAAACAAGUCAUAAAAUGUUCAUUUAGUGUUGCAGAAUGUGGAGUUCAGUUUUAACUUCAGACUGUCUUUAAAACUAGUAAAUCUUGGUAUGUCACAGUUUAAAUAUUUUUUUUUAAAAUGUUAAAUUUAUUUUAUCACCAGCAUUUCAAUAUCUCAAACACAGAAAAGAGCAAAGUAGUUUUUAAAGCUUUGAAUUUCUGCACAAGGUUAACUUAAAAUAGAGAAUGUUGAAACUACUUGUAUAUGUUUGAUGCAUAAAAAGAUUAAAUCAAGAUGACUAAAAGUUUAGGGCAUCUUUAAGUCCUAAGGUGCUUACGUAAUGUACCAUUAGAUCUAUGUCAUCAUAACCAUCUGCCAAUGACUUAUCCUAGUAAUUGUGUUCAGGCAAAUGUUAGCUCUUUGUAAAUAUUGAUCUUAAUCCAUUCUCAUUGGCAUGGAGCUAUAUACUGUGCAUAGACCCUGUGCUAGGGAUUCGCCUCCUCCAGGAAGAGUAUGUAGUGUUGAUAAUGGUCCUCCUAGCCAGCACUGCCUAUUUAUCACAUGGCCCUGUUCCUCAACUUUGGGACUGCAGAUGCUUGCAGGAAUAGGGAUGGCAGUCACUGCUCUGCUAGUGAUCUUCAAGUAUCUGGGGUCCUCAUAAUGUUGAGGGACAUAGGACCAUAGUUGACUGAUCUUAGGAGAUUGCCCAAGGCUCCUGGAAGUUGAAGACGGUCCUAGCAAGUAGUUAACAUUUGAAAUAAAAUUUCUAGGUUACCUCCCCCUCAAAAAAAUCUUGAGGCAAUAUCUCUGGGUUUUAUGGACCAAAAGGCUGUGGUUGCUUACAACCAUAAGCAACAUGAUUUAUGUAACUAGGUUUAGAGCCUCAUUUGUUAUCUCAGCCACUCUUUGGAAAAUCAGUCUAGAAAUUCUCAUCCCAGUGUGUAAAUACCAAACAUAAGGCGUUCUUACUUUCAGUUGCUCAUCAGUCCACUACCCCAUCUCACCUUUUAUGUAUUAUUUCUAUGAAGCCAAAAGAUCAUAUGGACCAUCAUAAUGCUAAAAUGUAUUAUCAGAAAGCUCCUUUACAUUUAUUUUCUUUUGAUCUAGGUUUUGUAUCAUGACUUCCACUAUUUGAGCAUUCUUUGUAUUCUACUAUUUCCUACACACUAUAUUUUAAUAAAUAGACACACAAAUGUGAACCAUAUGAUUUGAAAAUGGCAGAGGAGAAGACUCCUGGCUAAACAGCAUAUAUUUCUUCAUGCACUCUAUGUUCAAAGCAGUAUGCAUGAGUUAGUUAGUCAAUCAUACAAUAAGUCACUUAUUGCAUAACCUUUAGAGAUGUUUUUAAAUGUUAUUGCCCUGUUACAAACGUUUCACCUCUAUGAAAUGAAUUUUCAUCCAAGUACAGUUCCAAGGUGUUACAAUUACUCAUCUCAAAAGCCUGGAAUUCUCAAUAAAGAGAGACCGACACAUUUUCACUUCUAGACAGAAAGUGGGAUAGAGAAUGGAAGAUUAAUGAUGGGGAAAGCUUGCAGAGUUCCUGCCCAUUAUGGGGGAUAGAGAAUUAUUUCAUUUCAGUGGCUGUUAAUUUCCAUUCUUUUCACAGACACUAGAGCAGUGGUCCCCAACGCGGUGCCCGCGGGCGCCAUGGAGUCCGCCGGGGCAUUUGUAGGCGCCCACCGACAACCCGGGCUGGCCCCGC